CGUCGCGAAAUAAAAAACCACGACGGUUGAUUACUGAUCUAGUUUCAAUUAUCAGAUAGGGUUCGUGGCGUAUUUGACGUAUACGUGAUAAUGUUUUGAUAUUACAUGUAAUUGUUUUUUUUUCUAUUCAGAGGUAUUUUUCAACGGUGUUUCAGUUGUUUGCUUAAGCCCCAUGCUCUGUGAAGUGAAGAUGUGUUCGAAGGGACGAAUUGGAUGCUAUUUUUGAUUAUUCGAAAUAAAAUUUCCCGUGUUAUUCAGAAAACGUCGGCGGCGAGUAAAGAAGCAAGAAAAGUCUGAGAUAGGGAUGGGAGGCAUGUCUUGAAUCGACGACAUUCCAAGGUGGAAGGAAAAGGUUCUCCUUCGAAACUCAUGGUGCUCAAGGCGGUAAGACGUAUAAUACCUCGGCUCGUAAAGAUUCGUGAGCCGGGUGGGUAAUUUUAUGCGUGGAAUAAUUACUUCACCCCACGCAAAGAUGUCCGCAACAAACAGUCCGUAAUUAACCAACCGCUACUCGAGCGACGCGAAUUAAGCCCGGAUGCUCGAAGUGUACAAAUUGACCAAAAGUGUUGGCAGACUACGUUUAUUUACUCGGUAGGCUCAGCGCGCUGCACCGAAGGUCGCGAGUGAUUUGUGGGCAAACUUUUAUCACAUUAGGGCGAAAUUAAAUCACACCUCGCCAUGGCGUACAACACGACGCUGCCAUUAAUCUCCCAAGCCUCAAACUGCUCUUUCAAUGGGAGCGAGUGCGCGGAGGAGGAAUACAUCCCCUACAGUUCUCGGCCCGAGACCUACAUCGUCCCCGUUGUCUUCCUCAUGAUCCUCGUCGUGGGUGUUGCCGGCAACGGUGCUCUGGUCCUGACUCUACUUCGCCACGCCAAUAUGCGCAACGUGCCGAACACCUACGUGCUGUCCUUGGCGCUCGGUGAUUUGCUGGUAAUUCUAACGUGCGUUCCAUUCACGUUCACCGUCUACAUCGUUGAAUCCUGGCCGUUCGGACUCGCCUUGUGCAAGAUCUCAGAAUACGCGAAAGACGUUUCAAUCGGAGUCUCGGUCUUCACGCUGACCGCGCUUUCGGCUGACAGAUUUUUCGCCAUCGUUGAUCCGAUGCGAAAGCUACACGCGACUGGCGGCGGCCGCCGAGCGACGCGCUUCACCGUUGUCAUAGCCAUCAUGAUCUGGAUACUCGCCGUCAUUUGCGCUAUUCCAGCUUCCUUCUCUUACCUCAAAGUGCUGCGAGUGAAUGAGAAGGUGAUCUUUGAGACUUGCUAUCCCUUCCCGGAGGAAUUCGGCCCCGAUUAUCCAAGGAUAGUGCUGAUCUGCCGUUUCUUCAUCUACUACGCGCUCCCUCUCGCCGUGAUCGGCGUAUUCUAUCUGCUGAUGGCGAGACAUCUGUUUCAGAGUACGAGGAACAUGCCUGGAGAGAUGCAGUGCCAAGUCCGAGCCAGUGUGAAACAGGUCAAAGCCAGAAAGAAGGUAGCGACAAUGGUCAUGGCGUUCGUCGUCGUCUUCGCCAUCUGCUUUUUCCCCCAGCACGUGUUCAUGCUGUGGUUCUACAUCCACCCGACCUCCCAGCAGGACUACAACGCCUUUUGGCACGCGUUUAGGAUCCUGGGAUUCUGUCUGAGCUUCAUGAACAGCUGCAUCAACCCCAUCGCUCUCUACUUCGUCAGCGGGACAUUCAGAAAGUACUUCAACAGGUACCUUCUGUGCUGCUGCGUUUCAGCGGAGCGUCGUUCGUCCGUUAGCAGUUCCCGGCGUCGCGGUCAGAGUAUGUCCAAUCCGCGAUGUCCAGGAAGCACAAGUUCGAGACGCGGACAGCAAAGCACCGUUCAAUUACCAACUUGGGCAGUACCAACAGCUACAACAAGAAUCGGACCGCACGCCAGAGCUCAUAAUAACGAACAAGAGACGAUAGUAACGACGUGCAACAACGGUCUGGAGCACCGGAUUUAAGGUGAAUUCUCACUGUGCGUGAAUGGCGUAGAGAGUCCUGCAGUGAAACGGUCACGUGAUCCUUUAAUUAAUGUCCCUUCAGGCCGUUGAGUUCAGCCGGUAGAGAACCUCACCUUAUCUUCCUAACAGUCGUUCUGGGACUGGUUGUAGAUGCGGUGUAUGCUCCGUUUUGCAUAAAACUAGCGAAACUUUUCACCUCAUGACGCUGCAAGGUACCGAGCUCGCGUUUCGUUUAUUGAUGACGAGCUCGCACAGUUCCCUCGGAAUUUAAUGGUACUGCCUUCCCACUUGGCGUUCCGCUAAAUAUCAGAUGCAUCCCUGAUACCUCUACCCACGUUUCGGUGCACCGGUGUUCGGAUGGAACACCGUUUAAAAGCAAAGCUGCGGAAACAACUCCUCGCGCGUUUUAAUCAGAAAACGUAAAUUAUAGGCAUACUGCGGCAAAGCACCUCGUAUCUCCAUUGAAUAUUUCACUGCUAUGUUACAAAACGAGAAUAUCGAGAUUCUGAAGGCCAAGAAGUCACUGGAUGGGUGACCAAAUCAAUUUGGCCGAAUUUUGACUGCAGUUUCAUUGUUUUAUACUUUUUUUUUACGAUUUCCAACACCCUCAAUGUGUCUCAUGUCCGAGCGUUUAUCAAAUUCCUGACUUUCCACACUCUCCAAACGUUUAAAACACUCUGACAUAUAUACAUAUAAUCCAACCAAAAAUGCAUGCUCUCAGAGUAAGUACAGAUCAUUGUUAUUCGUCGGUGUCAAACUCGAAAUUUGAUGUUAACAGUGUACGUACAGUGUAACAAAUCCGUCUGGUAGAUGUCAAGCUCCCAUAUAUAUGUCUUUAAGAUACAGUGACUCUGUUUUGAAUUAUUAGAGCAUAAACUUGGUAACUGGGCAAAAUAGGUAGUAACUUAUCUCAUAUUAAGUUUCUUAAGAAAACAGUCUCACUGUCCUAAUCACAUGAAUAGUCAGUUAUCAAAGCUUCGUCACUUCAAACUGAAAACACUGUUACUAGCAUUGAACUAUGACAAUUUUUAAGUGUCAUUAAUUACAACGUAAAUAUCGUGCGACGUAAUAUAACAAUUUACAGUCAAUCUUAUCAAAAUACUGAAAGUAACCGACUUUAAAAAUAAUACUUUCCCUUUAUGACAAAGUCUCAUUAGCUUUGAACAGUGUAACCUUAAUCCCCGGUAGCAAACUAUCCCUGGCAUGUUAUUCGUGUGCAUAGUGGUUAGCCAACAGUCCAGACGGAGAGUGAGAAGGGAGCAAGGGCACUUCCAGAGAAACAUUACUCGUUUCAUUGACGGUAAAAUGCUUUAUUGGUCAAAGCAGCCACACGUGUGACCACGUUGCUUGGCCAAGAGUCACCGGACACAGUGUAACUCUAGUUGUUCGUCCGCGAUUUGAACCCCAUUGUCCCGUUCGCAGGUACGAACAUGUUGAAGUCAUGUUCAAAGGGUGAAACAAAGCGCCCGAUCCAUAUUUUCGACGAGAGGAGAAACUGUUUCAAACCUUAACCGAGUGUAAAAUCUGACUCAUAAAUCGGAGUGUAUUUCAGUUGGGCGAGAUUCGAUUAAACAGAACCUCAGUAAACAGUACAAGCUCCAUAAAAGCUUGUUGGCACGGGAGCUGCCCGACAAGAGAACACCCAAAGAGAAACUUGGAUUUAUUUUCUUCAAUAGAACAGGGUUUGCAAAUUAGAGAGUUCCCACAUCCUUUAUUAGAAGCCACAUGAAUUUAUAUUAGGUACACUCUGGUUCUCCGUCUCGGACACUCGUUCGGAGCAACGUGACCGAUUAAUUGUAACUUAUCCCGGGUUCGUCGAAAGCCACGCGUUAGGUUACACGACUUGUUAUCGACCCGGGGACAUUAUUUGUAAUCGGAAACUUGAAGAAAACUCGUGUAACUUUACCAAGGUAUGGGCCCCGGGGAAUCGAGGCUUUCUAUUUUCGCCUCAGGUCCGCGGAAAUCCUCAAGGAUCAAUGUAAUUGACAUAAAAAGACGUAUACCAAGACGUUUUGAGAGAGGAUCAGACGUCAAAGUUUUACUCUCGCGUUUCGUUUUUUACACGUUUUUUGAUCGCGGGUGAAAACCUGAAUGUAUAGCCUUUGAGAUUUUCAGCUCACUAGAAGCGAAAACUUGACAAAAACAAGAGCAGAAUUGUAGAAAAUGUGCCAAUUCAAGGGCAUUCACAAUUGCUUUACCGUAAUGAAACUAAUUGAAUAUCUUGAAAGAGAUUGAGCUCGAGAUGGAGAACCGAAUUAAUCGGUAACAAAUCAAUGUGGGUACAAUUAUUUAGCAACUGAUGUUCAAUUUGUUUCUAAUUGCGACUUGGACAAUUCCAACCAAAGAUAACUCAAAAUGUAAGAGGCAAAACAAUGUCUUCGAAUGAUCGAAGUGACUUGCGCAUCCGAGGAUGCCUGGAACAAGUUUUGAUCGAAUUACCGUAUUAGGUGUAGUUUGUAUGAAUAUUAUAAGACGUAAGGAUGUAUUGAUAUUCAUUGUAUUCCACUGGAGAAUUCCAGAGUUUGUUACCCACAUGAAUUGUAUGUUCUGUCAUUAGGCUUAAGAGUCUUCAUGUGCUUUUCUGGAAGAUACAUCGAUCAAAAAUAAAUGUUAUUUCGCAAUCCACACGUACAAUUUACUCCGUGGUUAAUAUCCCCGCUGAUAUAAUAAUGAUUUUGGAUUAGUAUACCUUGCCACUAGGAAAACUUUGUUUAAA